AUGUCGCGCAGUAUGAGAAUCACAAGCACCCUCCUCGACCUGACAGUGCUCCCUCCCAAGGCCGGCAGCACCAAGAACCCCGCUACUCCCUUCCUCCUGGAGGCCAAAGCAGCCCCACGGAAGACCAGCAGCACCACCUCCUUGACCGUGUCUCGUCUUUUCAUGGAAGCCUCCGAGCUCCAUCCUUUGGGCACAGGCGUGGUCUACUUGAUUCUUCCACCAAAAAGUUCGCCAACUGCGCCCACGAGAUCAGUGGUGACCUUCUUCGCGACUUUCUAUCGAGCGGAGGGACCGAGUGCCCAUGCUGCCAAGUCGAGUCCAUUGAAGGCCUCCGAUACUCUGUCCAACCUGCAACAGGUCUUCUUCGCGGUAAAAGACAAAGCUCAACAGCUGCCACAUGAUAUCCAUCUCAAGGCUAACGUGUCCGCCGACAGGGAUCUCGAGACUGAAGCCACGGCCCAACCCACAGGCGAGGCCACCACAUACACCCAGCGGUCCCGAAUCACUCUUCCAGAUUACCAGGACCCUCGACAGAUGGAGGGCGUCUCAUCAGACAUUGUGAUCAGCGCGUCAGGAAAACCUCGCUUCCGCGUUGAUUCAUCGGUGUGGAGGCGGAUGUCAACCAAAGACAAGAAAGAAUUUAGCUGGCGGUGUAACAUCUAUUUUGGUUUGCGCUCCGGCGGCGAGGCUCGGCAACCAACAAGUCAAGACAGACACAGCCAAGGCAACGUCACUCUCACCACCUCAUCUUCAACUGGCCCGAUUCCCUCCAACCCCGGCGAGGUUGAGGCCAAGGCCAAUGUGCCCAGGGCUCAGCUUUACCUGCCUGAGGAGGCCCACAACAAGCUCGCGAACGUAGAUUCGGUCACUCGCAACAAGAAGCAGAACCCCGUCCAGUCCCCCGCUCCCAACAACAAUCGGAUGACCGCCUCCGCGCCGCGCCAGACCAGCCGAGUUGGCACCGAGCCUGCUUUCAUCCGCAACCCAGCAAACGAGUCAAUCGCCAACCCGACCGACCGCUCCUCAGCCGGUGAAAUCGCCACAGGAUCCGCAGUCUGGGACAACCGCUGUCUCUUGGAGUGGCUGUCCUCGCCUGAUUGGAAGCCCGCGUCCCCCAGGGCCUGCAUCUUUAUGUUCUGCGGCGUCAAAAGCACCACUGAAGACGCAUUGAAUGCUCACAUACUGCGCGAUCACUACGGCGCGCCGCCCACUGGCACCAUCGUGGACGCUCGGGGUGACUUUCUCAACGCUGCGGCGCUCGAGAGUUAUUUUGGAGGGAGCAUCCCACCUUCGGCUCAGGUUUACGUUGGCCGGUGGUUUCCUCACGACUGUCCCUAG